CACAACACCCCACAAUAUGGAGGUGUCGGUCAGAGACGACUCGAAGGACGAGCAUACCGAGCAGAAGUCGCUUGUUCAGACUGCCACGAAUGCACUCCUCUUCCCUCUACGUGUCGCGACCUCUCCACCUCUCCUCCGAACCUAUCUACGCACGUUCCUCCUCUGCGUGGCCUCGAGCAUUCUCUUCGCCUUUGCCGUGAUCGCAUACACGUCGUUUUACUACUCCUACAUCCCCAUCCGCGGCAUCUCGGUACCUGUAUACCUACAGUUCGACCAUGGAACCACGCCUGUCUCGCUGUUCAGCGACUCGAGCAGAGCCUUCGGCCAGGAAACGCAGAAGUGGCCGCACGCCAUCACUGGAAUCCAAGGAUUGGUGAACCGCCAGAAGUACGACGUCAGCGUGGAGAUGGUCGUGCCGAGAAGCAGAUCCAACCUGCAGACCGGAAACUGGAUGGUCGACCUCUCUCUGCGCGGCCCCUCGCCCUCCGCCUCGUCGAGCAUCAAAAGCAUCCUCGGCUGGGACGACGACGCGCCCACCCCCUCGUCCCCCGAAGCCACCGCAGCACCCGCGACAAAGCCGCCCGUCCUCGCACACUCCCGCCGCCCCGCAAUCCUCACCUACCGCUCCUGGCCCACCGAGCACCUGUACCGACUUCUGCGCCUGCCGCUCUACCUCACCGGCUUCGGCACCGAGAGCGAGACCCUGCACAUCAGCAUGCUGGAAUCGGCGUCCUUCGCGACCGCGGUCCCGGCCUCGCUGCGCCUCGAACUGCGCAGCAAGACGCCGCUGGAAGUGUACAGCGCGCGGGUGUGCAUCACGGCGCGGCUGGAGGGGCUGCGCUGGCUGAUGUACACGCACCGGCUGCUCAGCGCGGUGCUCUUCGUGGCGCUGUUCUGGGGCACGGAGAUGGGCGUUGUAGUCGUGACGUGGGGGGUCGUCGGGCUGCUGUUCUCCUCCGCCUCGCCAGACGACGCAGCCAGACCCGGGGUCAAGAAGGAAGACCGUCACAGCGAGCCCGGCACGCCCCUCAGCGACACCGAGCACACGUUCCCCUCGCUCUCGGGGCACGCGCCGCUGCGCUACGUGUCCGCGUCGGAGAAGGCGAAGGACGAGCCGAGCGAGCCGCGGCUGGAGGAUAUUCCGCUGAGGGAGGAUGCGGAGGCGGAUGACGAGGAGGACGACUUCGUGCUCGAGGAGCCGGUGCCCAAGAUUGAGCAGGCGGUGUUUACGGAUUCUGGGCUGGGGACCGGUAUGGAUAGCGAGCGUGACAGGGAGCGGGAGCGGGUUAGGAGAAGGGGGAGCGGGAGGAGCAGGGGCAAGGAUGAGGGUGAUCGGUAGAGGUGUUUUGUGAUUGAUUUGAUGGAGGGAGACACGGGAGGGGGGUGCGAGGUGGAAUGGGUGUGUGGGUGUGAGCAUGACGCACGUGAGG